AUAGGGAGGUGUUCCAGCACAUUGAUUUGUUUACUAGCUAAAAACUCCUUCACAGGCAGUGUUCUUUGAUGAGCUCCUUUAAAAUCAUUUUUGUGCACACCUUCCUCAUGUCAAGGUCUUCAGCCACUGUUAAGCUGUAUGCCUGUUCAAGGAUCAUGUUGCCCGCACAAGAGAGGAGUGUAAUGUUGAUGAAGAAGAUCGCCAAGGGAACACACAGAAAUGUGAACUAUGUGUCAAGGCUUUUCCAGCCUCAAAAUGUUGUUCCUAAAGAUGGCAUAGUGAAGAGGGAAGACUCUCUGUCAAAGAGCCAAAAGUUGAUGCAUGACUUGGGUGUGAUUCGCCAGGCAAGUCCUGGGGCAUUCCACCUACUACCACUCGGUGAACGUUCCUUGCAGAAAUUGAUCAGAAUUGUCGAUGAUGAGAUGUGUAAGAUAAAUGCACAGAAGCUGCUGCUGCCUCUUCUGACAUCUGGAGAGCUGUGGAAAUCUACAGGCCGCUGGGAAGAUAUAGGAGAAGAGCUGUUCACACUGAAGGACCGCCAUGACAGGGAGCUUGUGCUUAGUCCAACACAUGAAGAAGCAGUAACAGAGCUAAUGGCAUCAAUACCACAGCUGUCCUACCGACAGCUUCCCCUACUCUUGUAUCAAGUUACCAGCAAGUUUCGAGAUGAGAUGCGACCACGAUUUGGGCUCCUUCGUGGAAGGGAGUUCAUAAUGAAGGACCUGUAUACAUUUGAUACUUCUGCAGAAGCAGCCAGUGAGACCUACAAGGCAGUAAGCAAAGCUUAUGACAACAUAUUCAGGAGAAUAGGCAUUCAGUAUUUCAAAGUGUCAGCUGUCACUGGUGUCAUGGGAGGGUCUGUCUCCCAUGAGUACCACUUCCCAGCCGCUGUCGGGGAGGCAAAGUUGCUUAUUUGUGAAUCGUGUGGUUAUGGAACCAGCUUGGAGAGCUGUGUCCCGUCUGAGUGUCCAGAGUGUGGCCACGGCUUUCUGAAGUGCUGCCCUGGGAUUGAGGUUGGCCACACUUUCCUUCUUGGAACAAAGUACUCAGUGCCCCUGAAGGCAAGAUUCACAACAGUGGAAGGAAAGUCAGACUUCCUACAGAUGGGAAGCUAUGGCCUAGGCAUGACACGCAUUCUGGCUGCUGGUGUUGAGGUUCUCUCCCUGCCAGAUGAAAUGAGAUGGCCCAUUGCUCUUGCUCCAUUCACUGUGUGCAUCGUUCCACCGAAGUCCUAUCCAAUUUAGAACGUGUUGCUGACAGCAGUCUGAUGGACUGAUACCAUGCAAAUGCAUAUGUGAAUCAGUUUCUGCAGUGGUUUAUUUUAAUGCUUUUUGUGUUGGGUGCAGUGGUUAUUUUGUGUGCAGGUAAAGGCACAAACUCUCUAUGUGAUUGUGAAAUACUUUUUACCUCGACUGGCCAGUUGUAAUAUUGUUGUAAGACAGCUAACAUGGUCACUCUGCUUUCCUUAUGCACCAAAGAAGAGCGGCAUGUAGUUAUACAAUUUUUGUGGGCUGAAAUUGUACCAGGGGCAGAAAUCCAAUGCAGACUUUAAACACAAUAUGGAAACACAGCUUUACCACAGUGAAGUGCACAUUUAUGGAUAAUCAUGUUCAAAAGUGGUUGCGUGAGUGCCACUGAUGAAAAAUGAUCAGGAUGCCUGUCCACGUCCCCACUGCAGGGGAAAACAUUGAACGAGUCUGUGCCAUGAUUCUGCGUAAUUGACAGGUGGUUGUCACUGAAGUGGCACAUCUGCAAAUCAGUCAUGGUUGUGCUCUUCAGUCAUCCAAGGCUGACUUGGGUUUUAUAAAGUCUGUGCAGGAUGGGUUCCAGAACAACUCACAGAAGAGCAAAGGCCUAGCCAUGUCAUAAAUUGUCAAGGCCUUUUGAAUCACUAUCGUAACGGAAGUUGACGAUUUUUUUAGAUACAUUGUUACAUUCCAGAAAAUAAACACCAGAGUAUGGAAUGGAAACAACCAAUGUGGAGUGUGAAAAAGAAGUUUGGAAUUCAGCCAUCUGCAGGGGAAAUGAUAUUGCCCCUUUAUUUGGAAUGCAUAAGGGACAAAUUUGGAACAUUACCAAGGGAGAGGCACAACAGGACACAGUGUCCAUUAUAAUGAGAUGCUUCAGGACCACUUAAAAACAGCUGUUUGAAACAAAUGCCGAGGACUAUUGUCAAAAGGUGUUGCAAUGUCACAAAGUUAAGCCCAUCCACACUUGAAAGCCUUCACCAACUGAACUGAGGUAUUCAAGCAUCCUUCAUACAGUCUUUAUCUGGCUCCUGACUAUCACUUGUUUUAUCCACUCUAAGACUGAAAGCAGCCAUUUUGCCAGUGACUAAGAAAUGAAGGUAGUGGUACAUGCAUGGCACAUCACUGAAACAAAACAUGUUCUGUGAGGGCAUAGACGCUUAUGGACCACUGGACUAAGUGUCUUCAAAAGGAUGGGGACUAUAUAGAAAAAUGAUGCUAUUCGAUAGACUCAUUUUUAUUGUAUUAUUUAAUGAAAAAUGAAUUAUGGAUAUUUUCUGGCUCACCCUUGUAUAUGAGUAUGUUUUGUCUAUGUCUUGUUAAUGGUGUUCAGUUCCUGAAGUGUAACAUAUGGAAAUCUUUGCAUGGGUUUUAUGACAACUGGAAAACAGUGUAUGGAUGACAGUAAUCCUGUUGGCCAAUAUGUUCACAUAUUGGAAACUACAAGAGCAAGGAACAUCCAGAGUAGCAGCACUUUGUUGUUAUCACCUACAGACAUCCUAUUGAAAAAGCCUUCUCCUUUUAUGUCUCCUUGCAUAAGAGCUCCUCUCACAUCUCUGUCCUUGUUUCUUGUUCUGUUAUGUCUCUUCUCACUUGGUUUUGCCCCUGGUAUCCCUCCAUUUUAAUGCAGCAGAAACUUCUGCUUGUAAUGUACUUAAAUCUUAAUCUACAUCAAAGUUGCCAUCCCAUAAUCUAUGUGUUUCAUAUGUGCAACAUAAAUAUCUUGACAGUAUAGGUCCCAUUAUCGCCAAGUUAAAAUCCUUUGUCAGUGCCAGUAAUGGGAGUGAGUGUGGACCACCAUCAGAACAUAGUUUCUCCUUGUCAUACUGGUGCAGACUUUGACUAAAAAAUGUUCAGUACACAGGAAUUCUUUUUUGGAGAGUGACUGUGGUAAAGGUGUCUCUUCUUACAGUGAGUAUCCUUGAUGAAGACACAGUUUCAGCUGAUAAUCUGAGUUAAAGCCGAGAUAAAAUAUGGUCAAAAUAUCAUCGUCCUAGGAGUUACGUGGUAUCCAUUCAUUCUUUAGAGAUCUCAGUGGACUGAGGAUAUAGGAAGCAUACCAUGUGAACAAAGAGUCUGCAUGAGGUACCACCUUUUUACUCUUCUUCACUGAAGUGACCCAACUGUUAGUGACAGUAAAUAUUACAAGCACAGUCAAUGUUUAGACACAAUAUUGACAGUGGACAUUCAUGACCCUCUGAUGUGAUUGUACGAGAAAGAUGCACAUCUUUUGGGGUACAGUAAUGUUACACCAGCAGCACAUUAAAGGAUUAUGUUUUAGAGGAACAUGAUAAAACACAGCCAAUUUUUAUGAAUUCCAUACAAAGUAAACAAGGGCACCAAAUGUGGAUGGCAUGCCAUAUCUUUCCACCCAUAACCUAAUAUCAACUAUUGGAACACAUUUUCUUAAAAUACAACAUGGGAGACUUUACUAAAAGAUGAGCAAUUCAAUUUGCAGCCAUACUGAAUUGUAAUGAAGAACGGUUUAUGUAACACCAUAAAUGGACUUUUUCCAUAUAGCCCAUAGUCCAGUUCACAGGUUUUGUUCAAAUUGUAAAUGUGAGAGGUUCACCAAAAGUUGUUGGGUAAUUCCAGCUUUCAGGCAGACUGAUCCACAAUAAAGCCCUUUUUUAUAUAUGGCCAUAAAUUGACAUUUCUCUAUGUGUAAUAAACGUUUUCAGCUUUUCUUAGAAUAUAGUAUGGGAGACUUACACCAAAAGUUUCCAGAUAAUUCCAAUUUUUGGCCAUAUUCAUCCAUAAUAAGGCCUAGUUUGCAUGUGGAACUUAUUUUCAAACAUAUUUUAAGGAAUAUACAUGUAAAAUAUUUUGCUAUUAAGAUACACAAACUGUGACAGAACUAGACAUACUUAUGAUAUGAGCUUAUACUUGGGAAAGGACAGGGAAAAUGGUAGAACAGGUAAUGAUUUCACUCAUGCUAUAGCAAAAGGAGUGUGUGUUGAUUAGCUACAUUGUCAUCCUCUAAUAGAAAAAUGGACCCUAAAAAUUCUUUGGUUCAAAAUUGUUGGAAGCUGGUACAAGGGAGCCUCAUCUUCAGUCCACCCAAAGAGGGUGACCUAUUGCACAAGCCAUGCCAGUGUCCUAACUUGAAGUUUGACACAUAAAUAAAUGUUCUGCCAAAGACUGUGCUACCAAUAUAUAUGAUCUUUAAAUGUAAAAUCU